AGGAAGCUAAACCGAUGAAGAGGAGCUAGUUGGCAUUACUUGAUUAAAUCUUGAUUUUAUCAAUUGAAUAUCACCGUUUAUUACUUUGUAAAAUAUCUCGGUAAUUAGAAAACAUUUUAUUAUCCAAGCCACGUGUACAGCUCGGACGAACUGUCGCUGUCAAGCAGGAAUCAUCUAAAAUAAGUGGAGACAACCAGUGUGUGUAAGAGACUACAAGAGAGAAACAAUGAUGGUGUUUGAUCUACCAACACACUAAGUUCCCCGGGAGAAGACAUCUGAUGAAAAAUUACUGCAACAUUACAGAUUCAGGCAUGGAAGAAAAGGCAAAUGGCUCUGUUGACACCAAAAGCCCAGUAGAGAAUGGUCAGAUGCCAGACCCUGCCAACUGGGGGGUCACCGAUGUCGUCAAUUACUUCAAAGCAACAGGGUUUGAGGAGCAGGCCACAGCUUUUCAAGAUCAGGAAAUCGAUGGCAAGUCCCUGCUCCUGAUGACGCGUAACGACGUCCUGACAGGGCUGUCGAUAAAGCUCGGCCCUGCGCUGAAAAUCUACGAGUAUCAUGUGAAACCGCUGCAGACUCAACACCUGAAGAGCAACGCCUCGUAGCACCACAGGCCGUCCGAACACCCACCUCAGUGACAAUCAUUGUGUCAGGAGACCCCAGGUUAGCUGCCACUUCACAAAGACUCCUCUGGCCACACUGGCACCUUAACAGGAUUUGAAUGCUGUAUGUUUUUAUAAGCAUGGACCCCUAAAUGGGUUGCACAUGGAGUCCACUCAGCUGUUUACCCUUUCAGCCAUUCUUAUUUCUGCUGCUUGAGAUAUGUAUUUUAUUUUAUUUUUUGUGUGUUUUAUUUAAAAGGAUGAAA